UUUAAUUGAAAAAGGACAUGUAUUUUGUUACACACUUUCUUUCUUACUUAUAGUUUAAUUGAACAAGAACAUGCGCUUACCAAAGUACGGUAUCGGAACCUACAAGCUGGAGGACACGACCACCUUGAGGAAUGUUAUAAACUCAGUCCUCCCUCUUGGAGUGAGACUAUUUGACACUGCACAGUGGUACUGUAAUGAGGGGCUAAUAGCAGAGGUCCUCUCCUCAGAGCUACCUAAACAUGGUCUCACCAGGGAGGAUGUAGUGGUUGUUAGUAAGGUGCAUCCUAAUAACCAUGGUUACGAGAAAGCUAAGGAGUCCACUCUGGAGAGUGUCUCCCAUUUCCAGUAUGUAGAUAUGAUGCUGGUACACUGGCCUGGUAUGCACCAUUCUGAAGGUGUGGAUAUGAGGAGCAUGCGGGCUGGGACCUGGAGAGCACUGGAAGAGCUGCUGAGAUCAGGGCAGGUACGAGGCAUAGGAGUCUCUAACUACACUGUACCCCACUUAACAGAGUUACUAGAGUACACUACAACAGGUCCUCCUAGUGUGCUGCAGUCUGAGUUCCAUCCCCGCUGUCACCAGAAAGAGAUAAGAGAGUUCUGUGAUACACAUGAUGUGCAGUUUAUGGGGUACACGCCUCUAGGCAGACAGGACCUCUUUAGUAAGCCUAUUGUUAGAGAAAUAGCUGAGAAGUACGGGAUCACCCCCUCUCAGGUACUUCUCAAGUGGGGAGUACAGAAGGGAGUGGUCACCAUCCCUCGCUCCUCCAGUCCUGAGAGGAACAUUGAAAAUGCCACCAGCUGGACUGACGGUGUCAGUUUGAAACAGGAUGAUAUGGAUUUGCUGGACAAGUUGAACGAUAAUCAUCGUUACUGUUGGAAUCCAAAUCUGCUGUAAUUUAACUUAAGUAACGUUUUAAAAUUUCAAUAUAACGGGACGUUUUUAUUCAUUUUAUUUAGGAAGUAUAAUUAUCAUAUUAAGACAUUCAGGGCUCAUAUCACCAGCUCUUGUUAUUUUAAGCUAGAAUUACUCUAGAAUUGUUCUAGAAGUACUUUGCUCUGAAAACAAGAUAAUUCUAGAAUCAUGUUGCAUGACUUUGUGUGGUGAUAUUGCAGAUUUAUUUUUAUAAAUUGUAAUUCAUUUUACCUCAAGAUAAAACAUUGUUAUAAAUCUGGUAAUACGACCUUGUGUUAUUAAAUUAUUACGUAAAUUCAUUUGUCAUAGAAAUUAUCGACAUCUUACAUUCCCCGUAGUUUUUCAGUGGAUUUCUGUUAAAACAGUGUUUAUCUUAAUUAAAUCACA